AUGCACCUACAGCUCCACUCCAAUUCGGACAAGGGCGAUGGCUCGGUGCGCUACAUCCUGUCGGGAGAGGGAGCCGGCUCGCUCUUCACUAUUGACGAGGACACGGGGGACAUCCAUGCUCCGCACAGCCUGGACCGCGAGACUAAAGCCCAAUACGUGCUACACGCUCGGGCCGUGGACAGACACAGUAACCGUUCCGUGGAGGCACAGUCUGAGUUCAUCAUCAAGGUCCAGGACGUCAACGACAACCCACCCACGUUCCCCCACGGACCCUACACUGCCUCCGUGCCUGAGAUGUCCGACACCGGUACAUCGGUGCUGCAGGUGGAGGCCUCAGACGCAGACGACCCAACGUACGGAAACAGUGCUGCGGUUGUGUACAGCCUCCUCCAGGGCACGCCACACUUCUCCAUCGACCCGAGGACAGGUCAGUCCCACCUGGCAGAAGGAUCCACACCGCACACUACUGCUGGUUGUGCUUAUGAAUGA